AUGAGACUGUGUUGGCCCACUGCCCCGCCUUACCAAAGCCCCCAACCAGCCCGCUGAGCCCGGUAUAAGACUGCAACGCGACACUACCCGAUCAUAGCCUCGCUCUCGAUUCGUGUCCAUUCUGAAACCGCACCCGAAUACCAUCGAAAUAACACCAUGGCUCUCGACCCGCGCGCACUUGAGGAUAAGGCGAAGAAGGCCCUCCAGGGCGCUUCCGGAGGGUUCAGCUUCUUCAGCAACAAAGAAGACAAAUACCAAAAUGCCGCCGAUUUUUACAUCCAGGCAGCCAACGCCUACCGGUUGGAGCGGAUGAACAAAGAGGCAGGACAGUGUUUUGAGGCGGCGGCGGGUAUUCACAAGGACAAGCUGAACGAGCCGGACGAUGCGGCGAACCAAAUGGUGGACGCAUUCAAGGUCUACCGGAAAGAAUACCCCCAGGACGCCAUCCGCUGCAUCCAGGUGGCCAUCCAGCGAUACCAGGCGAAGGGCAACUUCCGGCGCGCGGCAUCGCAUUUGGAGAAUGCGGCCGAGCUGCUCGACGAGGUCGGUGACCGCAAGGGCGCCAUGCCGCUCUAUACCGACGCGGCGCGCUUUUACGAAGAGGACGGGGCAAAGGCUCUGGCGAACAAGAACUGGCUCAAGGUGGCCGACAUGGCGGGGCUCGAGGGUGAUUACUUCAAGGCCGUGGAAAAUUACGAGAAGGUGGCCGACUCGUCGCUGGACAACCACCUGAUGAAAUACUCGGUCAAGGACUACUGGAUGAAGGCGGGGAUCUGCAUCCUGGCGACCAAGGAUCUCGUCAGCGCUCGCCGUAACCUGGAUAGGUACAGAGAGAAGGACCCGUCGUUUGCGAGCCAGCGGGAGUACCAGCUGCUCUCGGAUCUAGUCGACGCUAUCGACGCUGGGGACCAGGAGGUGUUCACCGACAAGCUGUACCAUUACAACCAGAUGAGCCCACUGGACAAGUGGAAGACGGAGAUCCUGCUCAGGAUCAAGAACCAGAUCGAGGAUGCGGACAACGAAUUUGCUUGAAAUACCACCUGGAUGGUUUUGGCGUUUGGGGUUAGAGAGCAUAAUUGAUGGGCAGAUUCGACGAUUGUGGGAUAGAGGAAGUACCUAACUCGGCCAAUGGACCAUAUCAAGGCCUGAGCCAACAGCCGUCCCAACCAACA